UGUAGAGUGGAAUGGGAAAAUGCCCAAAAAAUAUUGAGCCAAGUCCCACUUUUGACUUUUCAAAGUCUUCCCUUCACUGUUUCCAUUUUCGUUUUAAAUAUUUAUAAUUAUUUUUAUAAUCUAACUUUCAAUUUUUGUCUUUCACAAUUCGUUGUCUCUCUAAAACCCAGCAAAAACAAACAGCCACAGAGAGAUCGAGGGGGGAAAAAAUGAACUUCCGAUCUCUCUUCUUCCUCCCGUUUCUUCUUUCCCUCUCGAUCACCUUCACGGCGGCGCAAAUCUCGCCGGGAUCCUCCCUCUCCGCCGCCGAGCUCAACCGGACUUGGGCCUCCCCGAACGGCACCUUCUCCGUCGGGUUCACUCAAGUCGGACCCAACUCCUUCCUCGCCGGCGUCAACUACAACGGCGGAGUACCUAUCUGGACAGCUGGCGGCGCCUCCGCCGUCGUCGACUCCGGCGGGGCCUUCCGCUUCACUCCCGCCGGGAGUCUCCUGCUAGUCAACGGCUCCGGCUCCACCGUCUGGGAUUCCAACACGGCUCGGCUUGGCGCGAGCACUGCCUCGAUCGACGAUUCGGGCAAUUUGGUGCUCCGAAACGGGUCCCGACCCGUUUGGUCAAGCUUCGCCAACCCGACGGACACCGUCGUUCCGGCGCAGAACUUCACCUCCGAACAUACCUUGGUCUCCGGUGUGUACUCGUUCCGCCUCCUCAAUACUGGAAACCUCACAUUAACUUGGAACGGCAGCAUAACUUACUGGAACCAAGGUUUGAAUUCCUCCGUCGAUUCCAAUUUAACUUCGCCGAUUCUAGGGUUACAGCCAAUUGGAGUUGCAGCGAUUUCCGAUCCUACUUUGAGGAGUCCUUACAUAGUUGCUUACAGUAGUGAUUAUGCUGAAGGUAGUGACAUUCUUAGGUUCUUGAAGCUAGAUAGUGAUGGGAAUUUGCGAAUUUAUAGCUCUGCUAGAGGUAGUGGAACUACAACCAUGAGAUGGGCAGCUUUGACCGAUCAGUGUCAAGUCUUUGGCUACUGUGGUAACAUGGGGAUUUGUAGCUACAAUGUCACUAGCUCGAACCCCGUUUGUGGCUGCCCGUCCCAGAACUUCGAACCCGUUGAUCCGAACGAUAGCAGGAAGGGUUGUAGAAGGAAAGUAGAGAUUCAGGAUUGUCCAGGGAGUGCGACGAUGCUCGAGCUGGAUCAUGCUAGGUUCUUAACGUACCAACCCGAGCUCUCCUCACAGGUGUUCUGGGUCGGUAUAUCUGCUUGCAGAUUGAAUUGCCUUGUCAGUGGCUCAUGCCUUGCUUCAACUUCAUUAGCAGAUGGAACUGGUUUGUGUUAUUUGAAGACGUCGGAAUUCGUUAGUGGGUACCAGAAUCCAUCCCUUCCAAGUACUUCGUACGUGAAGGUCUGUGGUCCGGUUCAACCAAACCCUACAGACCAAAUUGAGGUUGUGGGACAGAGGAAAGGGUGGAAGAUGAAAGGUUGGAUAGUUGCAGCUGUAGUUCUUUCCUCCCUUGUUGGUCUGAUAGCAGCGGAGGCUGGUUUAUGGUGGUGGUGCUGCAGGAACAGUCCCACUUUCGGUUCUCUAUCAGCUCAGUAUGCACUUCUGGAGUAUGCCUCCGGUGCACCGGUUCAGUUCUCCUACAAAGAGCUUCAGCGAUCUACUAACGGGUUUAAGGAGAAGCUUGGAGCGGGAGGGUUUGGCGCAGUCUACAAAGGCGUUCUUGCAAAUAAAACUGUAGUUGCAGUGAAGCAGCUCGAGGGAAUUGAACAAGGGGAAAGGCAGUUCAGAAUGGAAGUGGCUACCAUAAGCAGCACUCACCACUUGAACCUAGUGAGAUUAAUCGGCUUCUGCUCUGAAGGGCGCCACAGGCUUCUGGUCUAUGAGUUCAUGAAAAACAGCUCCCUUGACAGCUUCCUUUUCUCCACAGAAGACCAGUCUGGUAAGUUUUUGAACUGGGGCUGUAGGUUCAAUAUAGCCCUAGGAACCGCAAGAGGGAUCACAUAUCUUCACGAGGAAUGUCGAGACUGCAUCGUGCACUGCGAUAUCAAACCUGAGAAUAUCCUGUUAGACGACAAUUUCAAUGCUAAAGUUUCUGACUUUGGCCUUGCAAAGCUCAUAAACCCGAAGGAUCAUCGAUACAGAACGCUAAAGAGCGUGAGAGGGACACGUGGCUAUCUCGCCCCAGAAUGGCUAGCGAAUCUCCCCAUAACUUCGAAGUCGGAUGUCUACAGCUACGGGAUGGUGUUGCUCGAGACAGUUAGCGGGAGGAGGAACUUCGAGGUGUCUGAACAAACCAACAUGAAGAAGUUCACCGUGUGGGCAUACGAGGAGUUCGAGAAGGACAAUGUGAGGGCAAUUGUCGACAGACGAUUGCUAUCAGCUGAUGGCGAUGAUCUGGACAUGGAGCAGAUAACGAGGCUGAUCGGAGUUGGGUUCUGGUGCAUCCAGGAGCAACCGUCUCAGAGGCCGACGAUGGGGAAGGUUGUGCAGAUGCUGGAAGGGAUCACGGAGUUUGAACGUCCCCCGGUGCCUCGAGUGGUGACCGAGGGAUCGAUGAGCGGGACGAGCAUGACCAUGAGCAGCAAUGCCAGUGCUCUGUCUACUUUUGCUCCUACUUCAGCUCCUGCUCCUUCUUUGGCUUCGUCGAACAACACUUCAGCCGUCGGAGGAGCUUCUUCUUCGCCGGUGGCUUCUGGUGGGGAUCUGGAACGGGCUUCUUCAUCGCUUCUGCAUUCGGAUGCUUGAGCUGCUGACUUCAAGCUUUGGGAAACGUUGUUUCAAGUAUAUAUACAUGAGGAAAUGUAUUUUGUUUGUUAUAUUCAGCAGUAUUAUUGUAGAUAUGUAUUGUUAUUGUGUAUUGAUGAAAUGUUUGUAGAGAGAGUAGACAAUUCUGGUAUAUGGUGAAAAUGAGAGAUUUUAGAACAAAUAUAGAUGUAAUAUUUCAUAUAAAAAAGUAAUAUAAUCUAUUUAAUGUUAUAAUAAUUAUCAUAAAGUCAAAUGGAAUGAAUCACAAUACAGUUAUAUUUUAUUAAUCAAUUUAACUAUCACCAAAAUUAAGUAACCAGUAGUCUAAAUGAAGAUGAAAAAUGAGAGAGAACAUAUUAUUGUUGUCACGUCGAUGGAAUGACUGGCGGUAGUACCUGGUACAAUCGUUAAUGAUCAUAACAACGGCUGGAAUAUCACUGAUAUGAUCGAUUUAUGUCUAUAACAAAAUGAUGUCAUUUUAGUUAAUUUAAUAAAAAAAUUAAUUUAUUUAAUGAACUUGGAACUUAAAA